AUGUUGUCCCUCAGAGUAAUCAUCAUUUGUGUUACUGGAAUACUUUUCAAUUCCACACAGAAUGCACAGGCAGCAAUACUUAAAUGUCAUCCACAUAAGCAAGUUUGCAUUGAAAACUGCAAUAGAAAGCAUCCAGGAGGCAUCGGUAUUUUGCGUUCACUGUGUCAUGCUGGGUGUUCUGUGUCUCAAUGUCUUUUAAAGAGAACGGCUAAUUCAUUGCAUGUAUAA